AUGAUCCCUCCAAAACUGGCAGUUGUAGCUGAUAAAAUUACAGAUCUCACACCUCUCCCGCACACAAAUAGUGCUGCUACGGCAUCUACCUCUCCCAUCGAACAGCAAGUUGCAGAGCUGACAAAGCAGAGUUACAGUCAGCAUGCCAAAAUACCAGCUGCAUUGGAACUCUUUGCCGCUAACGGCACUAAAAUUGCAACGUAUGGCACCAAACUUUUGACCAUCAAUUUAAACUUACGUCGCUCAUUUACUUGGCCUUUUAUCCUGGCAGACGUCAAUCAACCCAUCAUAGGUGUUGACUUUCUCACAAAGUUCAACUUACUCAUAGACGUUAAAAACAACCGUUUAAUUGAUGGACAAACAAAACUAUAUUCUUGCGGUAGACUUCCUAAUGUGAACCCGCUCAGUACUAGCAUUCAUAUUUUGAUGGGUAACUCAAAAUUUGACAAAAUUCUUGCCGAUUACCCUAGCUUGACGAAUCCUUCGCAAACUUUUGAGAGGCCACCAAUGUCAACGAUUUUCCAUCACAUUGAAACUAAAGGACCUCCUAUUUUCUCCAAACCUAGAAGAUUAUCUCCAGAAUUACUUCAAGCUGCACGUCAAGAGUUUGAUUUUCUCCUAUCAAAAGGCAUCAUUCAGCCUUCAAAAAAGUCCUUGGGCAAGCCCCCUGCACAUGGUUCGUAA